UGGAUAAAAUUAUGAGUGCGGGGCUGCAAGGGGAGAUAUCAUUUCCUCGUUUCCCAACACUACUUGGCUCUACAAAUACAUGGAAAUCACUUAAGAGUUUGCAACAUGUUGACAAGUUUCUUAAAAGUGUUUAAUAGCAUCACUGAGAAGAAACCAAUCUCUGCACUAUUAUUAAGUAUUAUCAUCCUACAAUAUGAAAGGAUCAAAGGAGAACAAGUUUUAGACAGAUUUGUGGGUGAAGUUGGAGGGGGAAACUUCACAUUUUAUAGACUCCAAUGGCCCACUACACCAGUGACAAUCCUUCUUGAAAGCCUGGAAGGGGAUGCAGAUCUCUAUGUAUCGGACACUACUCUGACUCCCGACUAUGAGGAUAAUGUUCUUAGUUCUAUUACAUGCGGAGAAGACAGAGUUCAUAUCAGCAGGGAAUUUCGGAGGCCUGUAGGAAUUGGAGUCUUUGGGCAUCCAUUAAAGGAACUGUCUAAGUACAGGUUAUCUGUAUUAGUACCAGAAGGCCCAGAGGAAGUGACAUAUGACACAUUGGUGGCAGCUCAUAACACAUAUGGGGAUCUGGAAGAAGCUAGUGAAAAAUACAGUAUGAAGGAUCACUACAAAACUGAUUCAAAGCAUGUAUCCAAAAAAGAAAUUGCUAAGCCUGGUUCAGAUGAGGAAGAAAGUGAAUCAUUGUUAUGGACAAUUCUUGUGGCAAUAUUAAAACUUGUUUUUGAAAUUUUGACCUGAGAUAUAAUUAUGGAAUUUGUGGUGAUACAAACCCUUUUGAUUAAUAGUCACAUCUAGUAUUUUUAAUGACAUUAGUAAAGUUUAUCUGAGAAUAGUUAACUUUCUUUCAAAAAUAGUUUGAUUCGAGGAAAUUCUCACUCGUCAGAACAUUUUUAGCUCUGCCAAGGAGGUUGUUUUCACCUCUGUUUCUCUAUGUGUCUGUUUG